AUGGACAGAGUCGCCACCUCAACCGACGCCAGCGUGCCCCAGCCGUCGUUCACUCUCUCGAAAUACAUCUACGACACAUCAUCUGUCCAAGACAAGCUAUUACAGCCCAUGCAGAAGCCGGCAGCCGAUCGACUUGCGGAGCUCACAGCGUCUAUCAAUGCAAGCAUGGCGGUUUUGUCAACAUCAACGCCAAGUGUCGGGUCAAAUUCGAGGCUAUAA